ACUUCUCAUGUAACCAUGCCUUAUGCCAAUUGGUGGUUGGGAACUUCCUUUACCGUGCUCCAAUAUGUUACUCAUUCCCAGCCGAAAUCUUCACGCAAGAGAAAACUGGAUAUGCCAAUUAAAGACCGAAAGACGAAGAAUCCUUCUUACUCUAGAGCUAGGUCAUCAUCUUCACCUAUUGCUCUGGAAGCAUCAUCACCUCAAAGAAUGGAUAAUAGUCGACCACUUAUUGCUCCUUCUCGAUCUAGUUACUCGGUUUCAGAUCUCCUUCAUCUUUUCGAAGAUAUGUGUAAUUCUCAAUUUAAAAUGAGAUUUAGCUUUGAGCAAGUAGAUUCUGGCCCUCAAUUUGCCUGUCUCGCAAAGCUUUUUCCAGAGACUAUGUCUAUCAGUGAUUGCACAGGAACUUCCCAACCCACCGUAGCGACAAAAACCCCAAUGGAUCAAUUUCGCACAUACUUGUACUCUUUUCUUGAAGAUAAAGAUGAGAAUAUGAUUCAAGAACUCUUUGAGGGAGAUGGGUAUGAAUUAACUGCCUUGGGUCGUAUUCGCAUUAAGAGUGUUGAAAUUCCUUCUCCUACCAAAUCUUUUGAUUGUUCUCUCAAUGGAAGUAGCGAGAGUGAAGAUGAGUUUUAUGACUACACCCCUCUUUUAGAUGGCACACCGACUAAGAUGAGUAAAUCGCCUUCAGCAAAUGUAGCUUUUUCUUCUCCUUCGAACGAGUCAUCCAAGCUAUUAGAGAAAGACACUGCGCCUCGGACUUCCCCAGCUGCCUCGCAUAUGCCAUUGGCUACCUUUAAGGGUAUUCUUAUUCAUUCCUUGUACCUCAUUUUAUUUCAUCAUAUAUAGAUACUCAAGGACCUCUUUUCUCUUUAGAUCAUGCCACAUUGCAAAAUCCAUGUUCCACUUGUGGGAAUCACAACUUGUCUCCUCCACCUAAGUCUCUUCAAGCCGUACACCAAGGUAUACUUCAUUCAUCUAUAUAUAUAUAUAUAUUAUUUUUACCUUCUACGUUUUCAUUGAGUAUCUCCUUCUAUUUUCACAGAAAAUACUUCUGACACAUUGGAAGAGAUAGACGAAAUUACUUCUGAUACCUUGGAAGAGGCCCAAAUUCUUGCAGACUUACUUGAAGCAAAUGGGGUUAACAAAUUAUUUGACAAACUUGAAGCACCCUUUGCUCCAUCUAACCUUCUUUUGGGAACUUCCUCUAACGAAGCAGCCACCCAUAUUCAGAAAGGUCUUACUAUUUCUCUCCAAUCAAUGACGGAUGUUAAUGGCAUGAUUGCUGUAGCAAACAACGUUUUCAUGAUUUUGAAGAGUUUGGGUGUACACUUCAUCUCUUUUUAUGAGAAGGUGAAGAUAUUCCUUGGGUGCU